AACUAAAUGAAGACCUUAAUCUUCUUUUGCAGAACCAAAAAACAAAAGAACAGAUUGAAAGCUUGUUACAGAAUGGAAAGCAUAAAGAGUUACGGGAUCGUCUCUGCUGCAGGCUGACCUUUGGGACUGCUGGUCUUCGCUCCGCUAUGGGAGCAGGCUUUUGCUACAUUAAUGAUCUUACGGUGAUCCAGUCAACACAGGGGAUCUACAAGUAUCUUGAGAGGUGUUUUUCAGACUUUAAGCAGAGAGGCUUUGUUGUUGGAUAUGACACACGAGGUCAGGUGACCAGCAACUGCAGCAGUAAGAAACUUGCAAAGCUCACUGCAGCAGUCCUACUGGCUAAAGAUGUACCUGUAUACUUCUUUUCCACGUAUGUCCCUACACCGUUUGUGCCCUAUGCUGUUCAGCAGCUCAAAGCUGUGGCUGGUGUGAUGAUCACAGCAUCCCACAACCGGAAGGAGGACAACGGAUACAAGGUUUAUUGGGAAAAUGGAGCACAGAUCACCUCUCCUCAUGAUAAGGAAAUUAUAAAGUGUAUAGAAGAGUGUGUUGAACCAUGGAAUGGCUCUUGGAAUGAGAAUCUAGUAGACACCAGUCCCCUUAGACAGGAUCCUCUGAAGAAAAUUUGUGACUGUUACAUGGAGGAUCUGAAAAAGAUCUGUUAUCAUAGGGAGCUAAACAUUCAAACAAAUUUGAAGUUUGUUCAUACCUCUUUUCAUGGAGUUGGACACGACUACGUGCAGUUGGCUUUCAAAGCAUUUGGCUUUCAGCCCCCCAUUCCAGUACCUGAACAAAAAGAUCCAGAUCCAGAUUUCUCUACUGUCAAAUGCCCAAAUCCUGAAGAAGGAGAAUCUGUGCUGGAGUUGUCACUGAGGCUUGCAGAGAAAGAAAAUGCUAAAGUAGUAGUGGCCACUGAUCCAGAUGCAGAUAGGCUAGCAGUGGCAGAGCAGAAGGAAAAUGGCUGCUGGAAGGUGUUCACUGGCAACGAGCUAGCAGCUUUGUUUGGGUGGUGGAUGUUUUCUUGCUGGAAGGAAAACUGCUCCGAAGAUGCUGAUGUUAAGAAUGUUUAUAUGUUAGCGACCACAGUCUCCUCGAAAAUUUUGAGGGCAAUUGCACUUAAAGAGGGAUUUCACUUUGAAGAAACACUCCCUGGCUUUAAAUGGAUUGGAAGUAGAGUAAAAGAUCUCCUAGAUAAUGGAAAAGAAGUUCUCUUUGCAUUUGAAGAGUCUAUUGGCUUUAUGUGUGGCACAUCAGUGUUGGAUAAAGAUGGCGUAAGCGCAGCUGUGGUCAUAGCGGAAAUGGCAACCUACCUGGAGGGCAAGAACCUAACACUAGCACAGAAACUCAUUGAGAUAUAUGAAACGUAUGGAUAUCACAUAUCAAAGACCUCCUAUUUCUUGUGCUAUGAUCCUCCUACUAUCAAAAGGAUAUUUGAGAAACUUCGGAACUUCAAUGCCCCUCAGACUUACCCAAAAUUUUGUGGUAUUUACAAUAUAUUACAUGUACGAGAUAUUACCACUGGCUAUGAUAGCAGCCAGCCGCAUAAGAAAUCGGUGCUGCCAGUGAGUAAAAGCAGUCAGAUGAUCACUUUUACAUUUCAAAAUGGUUGUGUUGCCACCCUUCGGACAAGUGGAACAGAACCAAAGAUCAAGUACUACGCAGAGAUGUGUGCGCUGCCCGAACAGAGUGACAGAACCGAGCUGGAAGAAGAACUUCAGAAGCUUAUUGAAGCUUUGAUUGAGAAUUUUCUUGAACCUGAUAAGAAUGGACUGAUCUGGCGCUCUGCUUAG